AUGGAAGCAACUAAUGAAAUCAUGAAACAAGUUAUUCCAAUUUUGAUGGUUCCCAUUAACGAUUACCUACGUUACAUUAUUUCUUGCAUGAAGUAUGUGAGGAACAUGGGUAUUAAAAUGACGGAGUUAAAUGCUGCAAGAUUCAGCGUUGAAGAACACAUGAUGCGAAAUACUAGUAAUCAUCUUGAGGUUCCAACCUAUGUCGAGGGUUGGUUGAAAGAUGUAGGAAAAAUCAUGGCAAAAUCCGAAAAGGUUCUUGGUGAAGUCGUUAGUUGCUUUAAUUUAAAGAUUAGGCACAAGGUAGGGAAGAAUGCCUUCAAUAUAAUUGAGGAGAUUGAUAGUGUGAUGAGACGACACUCUCUAAUUACUUGGACUGAUCAUCCCAUUCCUCUGGGCAAAGUACUCGAUUCAAUGAAGGCAUCCACCUCCACCCCAUCAAUUGAACACAAUGUAUUCCAGUCAAGAGAGGUGACUUUUAAAGAAGCACUAAAAGCACUUGGAUCGAACCACAAAGGUCACAUGGUAGCCUUAUGUGGGAUGGGCGGUGUGGGGAAGACCACAAUGAUGAAAAGGAUAAAAGACGUUGUGGAAAAGAGGAAAAUGUUCAAUUAUAUUGUUAUGGCGGUUGUAGGCGAAAAGACAGACCCUAUUGCUAUUCAGAAAGCUGUAGCAGACUACCUUCGUAUAGACCUAAGUGAAAGCACUAAAUCAGCCAGAGCAGAUAAACUUCGUAAAUGGUUUAAUGACAACUCUGAUGGGGGUAAGAAUAAGUUCCUCAUAAUACUUGAUGAUGUUUGGCAAUUUGUUGAUCUAGAAGAUAUCGGUUUAAGUACUUCUUUACCAAAUCAAGGUGUCAACUUCAAGGUCUUAUUGACAUCACGAAAGAAAGAUAUUUGCACAAUGAUGGGAGUUAAAGAUAAUUCAAUUAUCAAUGUCAAAGUCUUAGAAGAAGAAGAAGCACAAAAUUUGUUCCUCCAAUUCGUAGAAAUUUAUGAUCGGGAGCUUCAUCAGAUACGGGUAGAUAUAGUAAAGAAGUGUUGUGGUUUACCCAUUGCCAUAAAAACCAUGGCCCUAACUCUUAGAUAUAAAAGCAAGGAUUCAUGGAAAGAUGCACUCUCCCGUUUAGAGGACCAUGAAACUGAAAAUGUUGCAAAUGAAGUUUUCGAGAUGAGCUACCGCAAUCUCCAAGAUGAGGAGACCAAAGCCAUUUUUUUGCUUUGCGGUUUGUUCCCCGAAGACUUUGAUAUCCCUACCGAGGAUUUAGUGAGAUAUGGGUGGGGAUUAAAUUUAUUCAAAAAAGUGUAUACCAUUAGAAAGGCAAGAACGAGGUUGUAUUCUUGUAUUGAGAGACUCAUGGAUUCAAAUUUGUUAAUUGAAAGUAAUUAUGUUGGGUACAUCAAGAUUCACGAUUUGGUGCGCGAUUUUGUUUUAGAUAUGUAUUGUAAAGUCGAGCAUGCUUCAAUUGUCAGCCAUGGUAAUAUGCAUGGUUUUAUUGAAAAUAAUAUGACCGACUCUUGCACAGCAAUUUCAUUAUCAUGUGAGAGUAUAUCUGAGUUUCCAAGAGACCUUAAUUUCCCAAAUCUAACGAUUUUGAAACUUAUGCAUGGAGAUAAGUGGCUAAGGUUUCCUCAAGACUUUUAUAAAGGAAUGGAAAAGCUUCAGAUAAUAUCUUACGAUGAAAUGAAGUAUCCAUUACUUCCUUCAUCACCUCAAUUCUCAAUAAACCUUCGAGUGCUUCAACUUCAUGCAUGUUCAUUAAGAAUGUUUGAUUUCUCAUGUAUUGGAAAUAUGUUGAACUUGGAAGUGCUCAGCUUUGUUGAUUCUGGAAUUGAUCGGAUACCUUUGACAAUUGGAAACUUAAAGAAAUUAAGGCUACUUGAUCUGAGAUGUUCUCAUGGUCUUUGUAUAGAACAGAGUGUCUUGAAAAAUUUGAUCAAACUUGAAGAACUUUAUAUUGGAAAUUCAUCUGGUCUUAUAGAUGAUAACUACAAUGAGUUGUCAAAGCGUUCAAGCAGCCUUUUCGCAUUAGAAUUAGAGUUCCUUAAUAACAAGGAUCAAAUGAAGAAUGUGUCAUUUAAGAAUCUUGAACGAUUCAAGAUAUCAGUGGGACGCCGUUUAGAUAGAUAUAUCAGUAAGAGUAGUCACCCAUAUGAAAACACGUUGCAGUUAGUAACCAGCAAAGGUGACAUACUAGACUCGAAACUUAAUGAGUUGUUUGUGAAAACUGUGGUGCUUUGUUUAAGUGUAGAUGACAUGACUGAUCUUGAAGAUGUUGAGGUAAUAUCUUCAAAUUCUUCUCAAUCCUCUUCAUUAUGCAAUUUAAGAGUCCUUGUCGUUUCUGGUUGUGCGGUGUUGAGAUACCUUUUCAAACUCUGUGUUGCAAACACUUUGUCAAAUCUUGAGCAUAUGGAAGUUUAUGAGUGCGAUAAUAUGGAAGAAAUCAUACAUAAUGGGACUGGGGGUAGUGGAAAAGAAACAAUUACAUUCCCCAAGCUGAAAUUUUUAUCUUUGGGUGGACUACCGAAGCUAUUAGGUUUGUGCCUUAAUCUCAACAAAAUUGAGUUACCACAACUCAUAGAUUUGAAACUUAAGGGCAUUCCAGGUUUCACAUGCAUUUUUCCACUGGAAACAUCUACUUUGUUUAAGGGAGAGGUUGUGAUUCCUAAGUUGGAGACACUUCAAAUUGAUGACAUGGAGAACUUAAAGGAAAUAUGGCCUUGGGAACUUAAUAGAGAUGAGAAAGUUAAAUUGAAAGAGAUUGAAGUGAAUAAUUGCCAUAACCUUGUGAAUCUAUUUCCGUGCAAUCCCAUGUCUCUGCUGCAUCAUCUUGAAGAACUUAAAGUCAAGAAUUGUGGUUCCAUUGAAUCGUUAUUCAACAUCGACUUGGAUUGUAAUGGUGCAAUUGGUGAAGAAGACAACAUUAGCAGCUUAAGAAGCAUCAAAGUGGUGAACUUAGGGAAUCUAAGAGAGGUGUGGAGGAUAAAAGGUGCAUAUAACUCUCGUCCCCUCGUCUAUGGCUUUCAAGCUGUUGAAAGCAUAAGUAUUGAAAGAUGUGAGAGGUUUAGAAAUGUAUUCACACCUUCCACCACCAGUUUUGAUCUGAGAGCACUUAUGGAAAUGAAUAUAAGGGAUUCCGGUGAAAACAAGCAAAACAGCGAAUUAGUAGAGAGUAACCAAGUGCAAGAGCAGACUGAUAUUCUGUCAGAGGAAGAGACAUUACAAGUUACUACUAGCUGUAUUUCUAAUGUAUUCCCAUCCUGUCUCAUGCACUCUUUUCAUAACCUCCAUAAACUUUUAUUGAACAAAGUUAAAGGAGUGGAGGUGGUGUUUGAGAUAGAUAGUGAGAGUCCAACAAGUAGAGAAUUGGUAACAACUCACCAUAACCAACAACAGCCUAUUAUACUUCCCAACCUCCAGCAUUUGAUUCUAUGUUAUAUGGACAACAUGAGUCAUGUGUGGAAGUGCAGCAACUGGAAUAAAUUCAUCACUCUUCCAAAACAGCAAUCAGAAUCACCAUUCCACAACCUCACAAAUAUAAGUAUUUAUAAUUGCAAAAGCAUUAAGUACUUGUUUUCACCUCUCAUGGCUAAAUUUCUUUCCAACCUAAAGAAAGUCGAGAUAGAACUAUGUUAUGGUAUUGAAGAAGUUGUUUCAAACAAAGAUGACAAGGAUGAAGAAAUGAAUACAUCUACCCGCACAAGCACCAUCUUGUUCCCUCAGCUUGAUUCUCUCAUUAUAAGAUACAUGAAGAAUCUGAAGUGUAUUGGUGGAGGUGGUACCAAGGAUGGGAGCAAUACAAUAUCUUUCAACAAUACCACUACAGCUACUGCUUCACUUGAUCAAUUUGAGUUUUUAGAAGCAGGUGUCGCUUCUUGGAGUUUAUGCCAAUACGCUAGAGAGAUAGAGAUAUAUAAAUGUGAUGUAUUGUCAAGUGUGAUUCCAUGUUAUGCAGCAGGACAAAUGCAAAAGCUUCAAGUGCUGACAGUAAGGUCUUGUGAUGGGAUGAAGGAAUUAUUUGAAAAGAGUGGUUGUGAUGAAGGAAAUGGUGGAAUUCCAAGGCUAAAUAACGUAAUUAUGCUUCCCAGUCUAAAGAUAUUGCACAUCACAUGUUGUAGGGGUUUGGAACACAUAUUCACAUUCUCUGCACUUGCAAGCAUGAGACAGCUCGAAGAGUUAACUAUAACAUAUUGCAAGGCCUUGAAAGAGAUUGUGAAGAAGGAAGAAGACAAUGCAUCAUCAUCAUCAUCGAAGGAGGUUGUGGUCUUGCCUCAUCUAAAGUCCAUUGUACUAUUGGAUCUACCUGAGCUGGAGGGUUUCUUCUUGGGGAUGAAUGGAUUCCUCUGGCCUUCAUUGGAUAUGGUUGGGAUCAUUGAUUGUCCUAAAAUGCUGGUAUUUGCACCUGGUGGGUCCACAGCCCCCCAACUCAAGUAUAUACACACAGGAUUAGGCAAACAUACUCUUGGAGAAUGUGGUCUUAACUUUCAUGUCACAACUGCUGCACAUCGUCAGACACCAUACCCCAGCUCAUACGGGAUGCCUUGGUCUUUUCAUAACUUGAUCGAGUUAGAUGUAAACAUAAACAGUUAUGUUAAGAAGAUUAUUCCAUCCAGUGAGUUGCUGCAACUGCAAAAGCUGGAAAAGAUAACUGUAUUCUCAUGUUGGGAGGUAGAGGAGGUAUUUGAAACUGCAUUGGAAGCAGCAGGGAGAAAUAAAAAUAGUAAUUGUAGUAGUGGUAGUGGUUUUGAUGAAUCGUCACAAACUACUACUACUACUACUACUACUCUUUUCAAUCUUCGAAACCUCAGAGAAAUGAAGUUGAAUUAUCUAUGUGGUCUGAGGUAUAUAUGGAAGAGCAAUCAAUGGACAGUAUUUGAGUUUCCAAACCUAACAAGAGUCGAUAUAUGGGGAUGUGAUAGGUUAGAACAUGUAUUUACUAGUUUCAUGGCUGGUAGUCUAUUGCAACUCCAAGAGCUACGUAUAGAGAACUGCAAGCAUAUUGAAGAGGUAAUUGUUAAGGAUGCAAGUGGUGUUGUAGAAGAAGAGGAGGAACGAACUGAUGGCAAAAUGAAAGAGAUUGUGUUACCUCAUCUAAAGUCCUUAGUACUUGGAAGUCUUCAAUGUCUUAAGGGGUUUAGCUUCGGGAAGGAGGAUUUUUCAUUCCCAUUAUUGGAUACUUUGUGCAUUAAGUAUUACCCAGCAAUAACAACUUUCACCAAUGGAAAUUCUACAACUCCACAGCUAAGAGAAAUAGAAACAAGUUUUGGCCUGUUUUAUGCUGCAGGGGAGGAUAUCAACUCCAUUAUAAAGAUGAAACAAGAGGAAUUCAGAAGACCCCCAUAUUAAUGAAUAAUAAAGGUUAACUCUAUUUCCAAGCGGUCAUUGUUGGCUAUAACCUAUUUUUCUCCUAUGCAUCGAUGGUAUGUGAUUCGUGCAUUUCUGAUGUGCUCUUCAUGAUGAUGUAAAUUCUGAUGUUGGAUUACAAAUGGUGUAUCCUUUUUGCUUCCAAAGACAGUAUCAAGAACCGUUGGAGAUAAGUUACAAUGAUUUCAAUCAUUCUGUGUCUUUGAAAACUGUGACAUUCAUGUCCACGUUUUUUAGUACUCAAUUCCUUUCCUAAUUGUAUUCAAUCAAAAGUGG